GGCCGCAGCUUCUCGAACUCCUGGCUCGCCACUUUGGUGGCCCUUUUCUCUCUCUGCGCCAUCACUCUUCUUAAGCCCAUUUCCAAUCAAUCAGGACUUUUCCUCUCGUCUCCUACUUCUAUCUCACUUCCCAAUAUCAUCUGUCUCCUUUUGCUACAGGCCUUUAUUUUUGUAUGGUCAUGUUUUCUUAGGCCUGAGGCUCCUUCCUUCCUCUUUACUGUCAUUCUCCUCGAACUCUCCUUCUUUCUCCGCCAAUUCCCUCUUUUUAAGGCCUCAAGAUUCCUCUGUCGCCCUGGUAUUCUCUUUAUUUUCCUCUUUGUCGGCUUGGUCGGCCUCUGCCUAUCUAGUUGCCUAUUCAUUUUAAUGGAUACCUUAUAUUUUCUUCAUUCUACCAAUUCUUCCAUAUUCAAUCUCUUAAUCGAACAUAAAUCAUCCAAGUUUGUGGUUACGCCAGUGAAUUUCCUAAGCUAUAACCUGGACCCAGAAAAUCUAGCUCAUCAUGGUCGUCACUCUUGGUUUAUACAUCUAUUUGUCAAUCUACCUCUGAUGCUGUCACCAUGCCUACUGGCCCUCAUUUUCCUGCCCCCUAUGGUCUGGUCCUACAGAGACACUAUCGAAACUAGUAUUUCUGCCUCUGAUACGACAGCUUCUGUUAACCCAAUUAUCACUACUCAAAUGGUUGAUUAUUACCUUCUAUCUAGUUUCCUCAUACCCGUCACCAUGCUCUCUUCUCUCACACAUCAAGAACCUCGGUUUUUGGUGCCCUCAAUCCCAUUUGCUAUUCUCCUGGCUGCCCGACGAAUUCUCUACAUUACACCUACUUACGAAAAUGUAUCGAUGAUUCGCCAAGAGUAUUGUUCUCCCGUAACUUCUACUCUGGCAAAACAUCUAAACCCCAGGAGAAAAUUCGAGACGAUAAGAGGUGGAUGGAGGCGAAUUCUAAUUUGUGCUUCUUUGGUUGGCUGGUUCCUGCAGCAAUCCGUAUUGGUAGUCUUUUUUGGCCAACUACACCAGGGUGGCCUGCAGGUAUGA